AUGAUAACAUCGUCGAAUAGAGCUCAUCCAGUUACACUUGGAACAAGAAUGGAACACUUAGAACAUGUUCCUGGAAAAUCACANGAUCCAAAUAAUGUUGCUUUUCAACAACAAGGUGCUUUUGCUCCUUAUCAACAGCCGAAUUUUUAUGAUCCAGCAACAGCUGCUGCAUUUGCUGGUCCUUAUGGUUAUAUGCCAGCUGCUUUUUAG